AUGUCGUCUGGCAUUGGGAAUCUGACGACGCUCAUUCAGCGCCUCGAGGCGGCCGCUUCGCGCCUCGAGGAUAUUGUGAUUGCGCAGACGGGUGAGCCGGAGAAGAGCGAGAAGUCCGAGGCGGAGCCGGUGGCGCCGGCUGCGUCGUCGCCGGCGCUGGAGGCGUGGGCCGCCGACGUGGGGCCCGCCGUCCGUGCGUACGAGGACGCGAGUGCGGCGAUCGGCCCCCUCGUGCGCGAGCAUGCCGAGCUGGUGCGACGUGCGAUGGACGAGGUACAGCAUGUGAUCGAGGCGGCGACCGUGUGCCGCAAGCCGGAGCAGGACGCCCUGCCCGCGUUCUUCGAGCCGCUCCAAGCUGCUGUCAAGAGCGUCGUCGACUUUCGCGAUGCGCACCGCGGCGACACGGCCCUCUUUUCCCACUUUUCUACCGUCAGUGAGGGCGUGCCGGCCCUCGCCUGGGUCGCCGUCGAGCCGACGCCCGGGCCGUACAUCGGCGAUAUGAAGGACAGCGCGCAGUUCUAUGCGAAUCGCAUCAUCAAGGAGUACAAAGGCUCCGACGAGGCCCACGUAGCCUGGGCGCGCUCGUUCAUCGCGGUGCUCGACGCCAUGCGCACGUAUGUCAUGGCGCACCACCGCACGGGUCUGGCGUGGCAGGCGCAUGGUCAGGAUCUAAGUGUGUACCGCAAAGCCUCGGCCUCGUCCGCCUCGGCACCGCCGGCACCGCCACCCGCGCCACCUGCGCCACCUGCGCCACCUGCGCCACCUGCGCCACCUGCGCCACCUGCGCCGCCCGCGCCUGCUGCGCCCGCGCCUGUGCCGCCGAGCGUGGGCGGCAUGGACGCCGUGUUCCAAGACAUCAAUCAGGGCGAGGGCAUCACGCGGUCGCUGCGCAAGGUCGACAGGAGCGAGAUGACGCACAAGAACCCAGCCUUGCGUGCGCCACAGGCGGCGCCGGCUGCGCCCGCCGCGUCCGCCUCGACGGCGGCACCUGUGGCGUCGAAGCGCCAUGCGCCCCACAAGGCCCUCGACGGCAACAAGUGGGCCGUCGAGCACUUUGCGCACGACGCGCACAUCGUCGUGGAUGGCACGGACAUUGGCCACACGGUCCACAUCUUUGACUGCGACCACUGCGUGAUUCACAUCCGCGGCAAGGUCAAUGCCGUGUCGAUGCUCUCCUGCACCAAGACGAGCGUCGUGAUCGACUCGCUCGUGUCGUCACUCGAAGUGACGCACUGCCACUCCUUCGCCGCACAGGUCAUGGGCUACACACCGACCGUGCUGAUCGACAGCUGCGACAGUGGCCAAGUGUACCUGUCCGAGCAGGGCCUCCAGACGGACGUGAUCACGGCCAAGAGCAGUGCGCUCAACGUCAGCGUGCCCGCCGCCAGUGGCGAGCCGGGCGUGCUCGAGGAAAUCGCGCUGCCCGAGCAGCUCAAACACACGCUCACUCGCUCCGGCCCACGGACCGUGGCGCACAGCGAGGUCGUCCACCAUGCAGGCUAA